AUGCAUGUGAAAUUCACCGCGCCGAGGGCCAUCCACAUCACCUUGUCGGCACAGCCUUGUACGACAUUCUGGAUAACACAUCACACUGAAACGGAACUCAGUACAAUGUGGGAAAGCGAUGCAGAGAAGGAAACACUGUCUGUUCUUGGCAAGAAGGGAUCUGAGACACAGAGCAAGCCAAGGCGACGCCACGAAACGCCAUUGAUCGUCAGAGCCAGAAUCUGGGGAACUUUAGCCGUGAACACUCAGUAG